AUUAAACGUAGCUCUCCGUUAGCAUGCUCUAGUCCUGACCUAAAGUUACCCCCAGUCGGUGUAAUAUCCUCAUCACCUUCUAUUGCUGAGAAUGAGAUCUCAGACGAGGACGAUGUUGUGCUCGAGCUGCCAAAAAUUGCGGAGGAAGUUGAUAAAGAAAAAAGUAAGAAAAGUGACCCGCUGUUACUGGUCCUACCUACCUUAACUAAACGGACCUCGCCAGGAUCGUCAAGCAGCACAUUCCGUUCCAAUGUGAGAUCAAUAAAUGGAGAUGAUACUGGUAUUUGGGACCCUUAUCUGCUGCUGGAACUUGUUAACCCUGAUCUCAUUACUCGUCCUACUAACGAACAGUUGAAUACUCGGAAGUGGAUUCUCGGUGCCUUAGCUGCGUCCUGUCUAAUAGGAAACCCUCUGAAGGAUUUUCUGUCUAGUUAUUGUUAUACCCACAAGGCGGAGAGCGAAAAGAGAGAGGAUGAGGAUGAGGAAGAGGAUGAGGAUGAGGAAGAGGAGAGAGCCAGUGCUCACCAGGACCAGAGUGAAGUAGCUCUCAAUAACUUGGACUGUUGGCAGCGUAUAGAGAGGAUCAGGUCCACAGCAGGAACCUCCCACGCUGGUCGGAGAGCAGAGGAGAUCACCAACGCUGGAGGCUGGGGAGGCUUAGACAGCCCCCAUCUUCUGCCCAACUUCCAUUACUACCUCGCAUCUCUUAGUGGGGAUCUGUUGGAGGCUCAUCUGGAACCUUACAUAGAAAUGAGGUUCAUCGCUAAAAACUACUUGGACACCCCAGAUAAACUGGAUAUAGAUAUUGAGGUAAUGGUUGUCCUUAGAGAGAUGUUCAAGAGUCGGAAUGUAAAUGACAGUUGGUUUGCUCUUCUUCAAGAGCACAACUUCACAGUUUUGAGGGAACAUGUCUUGAAGUAUAUCCUGUGGGACGACAAACGGAUGCUGUUAAACUGUGCUCCCUCCAAACAUACUACUUGCAGACACAGGGUCCGUAAAACAGCCUUAUCUGCUACUGCUGUGGACGAAGAUGCUCUAAGCGAGGAAGUGGAAAGAGAUCUUACCAAUCAGUUCAUCUUCGCUCCUAAGUCAGAGGGGGUGUGGUUGUCUCUGUUUGCUCUAGAAGUUUCUGGUUACAGACCUGCUGAGGUGUACUUCCCACCUAUGCAGACCACGACCAAGUCAAUAGGGUGUUGUUGCGAUGAAGAAUCUCUCUCUUACGAUAAGUUCGAUAUGAAAGAUCGGAGGGGGGGUAUCCGCCCAAGGAGUACUCUUAUGACAGAGUCUCAAGCUAAUCUACCCACGCUGCAAGAUUGUAGGGCGUCUCCAGUAAAAAAGAGAACGAGGUUGAUAAAGCCCAACCUUUUAAAUAGGAGUGACAGUAGGAAUAGUAGCAUAUUCGGGGGCAUGUCCCAAAUGAGUAUGCUUUCAGGGAAAGAAAGCAACACGAGCGUUACUUGUAUCAAUGAUAAAGACCGUAAAGGGAGUCAUCUGAACCGCCCUUAUCCUAGCAGCUUCAAGCAAGUUCUCUCAGAUCCCAAGUCUUUUGCUAUGUUCAUGAAGUUUCUGGAGAUGAAUUUAGCGGAUGAAAACGAGGCUCCUCUUAUCAACUUUUGGCAUCAGAUUGAGAUAAUGAAGUCGUACACAAACUUCAAAGCCAGGAAAGAGAAAGCGCACUCAAUCCACCGCAAAUAUAUCUACUCGGGGAACAGCAACUGCGUGAUGAAGAACUAUCUGAAGGCUAAUGCGGAUAUCUGUCCUCAACUUACGGAGAUUUCAGAGAAGAAGAAUGUUUCUCCUAACAUGAUGGCAAACGCUCAAACAUUCGUGUGUAAGUUACUGGAGGAUCGCUGGUGGAGCGGGUAUAAGACCGCUUGUAACGAUGAGAAGUCCGCCAGAAUUAUUCUGUCUGCAACUACCACUGAGGCACCAAAUGCCAACAUUAGCUACGGCAAACAUUACAGGGCUCAUAUACGCUACCUGUGGGGAAACUUCACCUUCGAUCUCAUGAACUUCCAGCGGGGCCUAGAAAACCAAUCUGUUUUCCUCCAGUUCAAGUCUUUCUUGAAGAAGACCGCCACUAAAUUGAAGGAGAUGAAAGGUCGACGGAGUAAGGAACACGGAGUAGCGACCAACAUUAACGGCAUUACCGUGUUUGUUGAAAGGCUGUCAAGUGACGUUGAGUUCUUCACGGAGAUAAACAGGUGGAUCUCCAUCAAGUGUGGUAUGAGUCAUGGUAAGAGAGGGAAGUUGCUGAGGGAAUCUGAACUCCUGCUUACCAAGAAAGCUGAUGCUAUAGUUUCUUGUUAUCUAAGAUCGUGUGUCCCCCCUAAAGUUUGUGUCAACCUGCCACAGCGUAUCAUUGAUGAUAUUGAGAAACGACUCGAUGACCCAAGAAAGUUUAACAGAUGUCUGUUCUACCAUGCAGUGCUCCACAUGAUUACCAUACUCCUCCCGUUCUGGAAGAAGUUCUGCUUUAUCCUUAGUGCGAGGGGUUCCUCUAAAGACCAGACCCUCAUCCAAACUGUGUCUGGUCAGGCCAUCAGUCAAGCCAGUAUUGUCAAGCCUCAGAGCUCCACUCUAUCUGAAAAGGAAUACGACAGCCUGACCAAACAUAUUGAUAAAAUAAAAAGAGGUCCCAGAGAGGAUAUAAAAGGAAUGAGGAAGCGGCUCGGAACAGCGUUCAAGAGACGUGACGCAGUGUUGCAGCAUGCAAGCUCCGCAGAGAACACAGUGGCAGGAACUGGUAGGAUUGUGUGUCAGUUUAGUCUGAUGGAUGGGAUAUGUCACGUGAAGCAUGAGAGUGGGUUGGAGGUACCGCACCCUUGCGAGACCUUGCUCAACCCCUGGCAUGACAAGAUCGAGUACCUUAUUUCACCACUUCCCCGAGUAAAGUCCAGGAUUGGCACACCGCCUUCCAAACGAUCUAAGAGUAAAGAAACUGCUCACCCUUCUAAAUCUGUAAAAAUCUGAGCUUAAUCCGACACAUUAAGGCCGUUCUACUCUGAAGGUUUCUGAAGAAAGUUCUGAAGAGAUCCAAGUUUUGAUAAUCACUGAUUUAUCAAACAGAUUGUUUUCAUAAGCCCGAGUUUAAAUCCGUGUUUACCACAAACCACAAGAAUACUGAGUACCCCAAAGUGUAGAGUUACACACUUGAGCUGGCACACAUCAAUCCAGUAUGUACACGCUUAUUGUAGAACGUACACGUUUUCCAAUGCGGUAGGUCGAUACACCGGGACGCUAAACACCUUUAGUAUUUAAUUAACAGUUCGAUCUUUA